UGAUUUACAGGAGAUCGGAUUCCUGGAUGCCCUUGAAGUUUUCCCACUGGUGAGAUCUUUGUGUGUAUGAGAAGCUGGGGAUGCCGGUGACCAUGCUGUUGGCUCCUGUCUGCUUGCUGCUGAUGCUUGGGGGCCGUGCUUUUGCUGGAGGUUACCCCCCCAUCCCUCAUGUGAAGUACAUGCAGCCCAUGAUGAAAGGACCUGUUGGGCCUCCGUUUCGAGAGGGCAAGGGACAUUAUGUUGAUAUGCCACCUAUGAUGAAAGGGGAACCAGGUCCUCAAGGGAAACCUGGACCAAGAGGCCCUGCUGGGCCACCAGGAUUACCAGGAAAGCCUGGACUGGGAAAACCAGGUCUCACUGGACAACCAGGGCCUCAGGGACCUCCAGGGUUUACAGGAAUUGGUAAGCCUGGACUCCCAGGUCUUCCAGGAAAGAUUGGGCCGAAUGGAAUGCCAGGAGUUAAUGGAGAGGUUGGACCUCGUGGUGAGCCAGGACCCCGUGGACUUCCUGGGCCCCCUGGUGUCCCAGGCCCUGCUGGUUUAUCACUGAAUGGAAAGCCUGGACUCCCAGGUAUCAGAGGUCCGCCUGGAGCUCGGGGUGAGCCAGGAUUAAAAGGUAUUUCUGGCCAACCAGGUGAACGUGGACUUAAGGGUGAGAAUGGUAAUGGGAAACCAGGAAUUCCAGGUAUCAGGGGCCCACCAGGUCUAAAAGGCAGUACAGGACCCCCUGGUUUUCCAGGUAUUGGCAAACCAGGACAGAAAGGUUUACCAGGACCGCCUGGAUUUAAAGGUGAUGAAGGAUUGCCAGGAAAACUAGGAGAACCAGGACAGCCUGGGCCACCAGGUCUACAAGGUCUUCCUGGGCCAGCUGGGUUGGGGAAGCCUGGUCUAGAUGGACAUCCAGGAACACCAGGUCCUGUGGGUCCUAAAGGUGAACAAGGGACUCGAGGAAAUCCUGGAAAUCCUGGCGCACCCGGCUAUGGAAAACCUGGUCUAAAUGGGCCAAAAGGAGAAAAGGGUCAUGGUGGAUUUCCAGGUGUCCCUGGGGACAAGGGAGAACAAGGAAUCAUUGGUCCAAUUGGGGUGCCAGGUCUUGAUGGACAACCAGGACCACAAGGCAUUCAAGGUCCAAUGGGACUUCCAGGAAAACAUGGAAUGCCAGGGCUGAAGGGAGAGCUAGGACCCAAGGGACCCCCAGGACUGCCUGGACUCAAAGGUGACCAAGGCCCCAGUGGUAUCUCUGGGCGACCUGGUUUCCCAGGGGAAAAGGGCAUCUCUGGACCUAAUGGUCCUAUUGGUAAACCAGGCCCUAAAGGUGAGUCAGGGCAAAUUGGCCAACCUGGGAAUCCAGGGUUGACAGGUUCUCCAGGGCCUAAAGGUGAGGUAGGCUUUAUAGGGACUCCAGGAGCCAGAGGCCAGUCUGGAAUUCCCGGUCUCCAAGGGCCUAUGGGUCCUAUGGGCCCACAGGGUGCCCCUGGACCACGGGGAGAAGCUGGACUUCCAGGGCCUCCAGGGUUAGGCAAACUGGGUGACAAGGGAGCAAUGGGUCCACAAGGUCCACCAGGAAAACCAGGGUCUUCUGGGCUUAAUGGUAUGACUGGUCCACCGGGUCCUCCUGGACCUCCUGGCCCUCCAGGAAAUGGCCAAACUGUUGCUGCAGGGGGCACUGAUGCAGGACUGGGUGGGGAAGAAGUACCUGGGGACAGGAAGGGUCCUGCAUACACUCAAGUUCUCUCUGCCUCACUAGCGCCAGCGUUCACUGCUAUUCUCACCACACCAUUCCCACCUUCCUCUCUGCCAAUCAAAUUUGAUAGGACCCUGUAUAAUGGACAAAAUGCUUACAGCACUUCUACUGGCAUCUUCACCGCUCCUUUAUCUGGCGUCUACUACUUUGCGUACCACAUGCACGUGAAGGGAACUAGCCUGUGGGUGGCUUUGUACAAGAACAAUGUGCCAGCCACUUAUACCUAUGAUGAAUACAAGAAAGGCUACAUGGACCAAGCAUCUGGCAGUGCAGUCCUAGAGCUUAAAGAAGGUGACGAGGUAUGGGUUCAAAUGCCCUCAGAUCAAGCAAACGGCCUUUACUCUACCGAGUACAUCCACUCCUCCUUUUCAGGAUUCCUGCUCUGUCCCACAUAACCUUUUCUUCUUCUUCUUCAAAAAAGUUCCUAUAUUUGUGACUCAGAUCAGCAUUACCCAAGACACCUGCAGCCAUAAUAGAAACAAAAGAAAACCCAUAACAUAUUAAAAAAAAAUAUUACAAUCACAUUAUUUCUUUCACCUCCAACAGUCUGUCUGAAAAAACAAAUUGUGAAUUCUAUAUGAAAUGUAAAAAGGCAGGGGAAGGAUUGUUAUACUGUGUUCUUUUAAUGUCCUUCAAAUGUAUGUUUUGGGUUAUAUUUUGUGAUGUUUUUAGCCUAUAUUAUUUUAAUUAUUAUAUUGUCAUAUUUUGCUAUUAUUUGAACCUUGUCAUCAGUAUCGCUUUUGUCUGUUGGAUUUAGACUUGUAAGUGCCUUACACGUAAUGAGUGAGUAACAGACCUUCCCGUGUGACUGCACAUACUGUCAGACAAUAUGGUCACCAAAACGUGGGGCAGGAGGGAGACAUGUUUCCCGGCAGCAGUCGCUUCUGUGUGUGUAAUUUAAAUAAUUAUUUGAAGAAAAAAAAAAAACCCUGCACAAAGAGUAACACUUCAACACAAGAUCACAGUUUGUUCUGUGAAAAGAAAUCAAGGCAUUUGGUCCUCCAACACUUUUAUUUUGCCCAACUUCUAAAUUUCUAUAGAGAAAUUUAUACUUUAUUAUUUGUUGGUAUAUGAACCUAUUGGGUGCUAUUAAGUUUCUCUGUGUUUUUUUGUAUUUUGAGACAAAUUAGGAUGUGAAUAGAGUUUGUAUUUACAUGCAGUAAGAAAUGUAUAACAAAAGCAUCUGCAAAUGGACAGUAAAGUCUGUCUACUGUUAGAUUAGCUUAGAUUGAUUUUUUUUCCCCAUUUGCACUGUUUUAUUGCACCAGAGAUUUUGUUUUCCCCAAUACUCAAUCUUUCAUACAUCUGAUUCAGAAGGAUAUCCUAUAAAUGAAUAAUUCUACAUCACUUACCAGUUCAAAACACAAUGCCAGAAAUGUCCCGUUCUUCUUAUUAGAGAAAACAAAUAUGUGAAAAUGGUAAAAGCUUGAGUGUACUCCAGAACCGGAGAUGCUGAUAAAUUUCAAACAAAAUGCCUGUGACUAUGCCAUCUGUGAUUUUUGGCACUUCUAGUAAACAUAUGUACAGAGGCUUAACACUGUAAACUGGGUUAUAUAGAAAAAAAAAAUAUCGUUCUUUAGAUUGAUCAUGCUUAUUUGCUAGAAGGAAAAAGAGUCACCUUUUAGUAAAGAAAUUCCUUACAAGCUAAAAUAAGAAAAACUAUGUUGUAAUAUAUUUUUUUACCUCUUCAACAAUAAAUGAAUCAUAUAGAGGCACAGCUGGCUAAUUAAAAGAAAGGGUAUCCAAUUUGCCGAUUCUUUUGAGCUUUGCUGGAAAAAUAGAGAACCCCAUUGGCUAUUAUCAACAAUAACAAUAGGAUUUGUGCCAAUCGUUUCUUGAAAAUAUUUCCCGUACUUAGCCGAGUUUAAUAAACUAUUAAAUGUCAUAUUUGUGCGUCAUUGUAUAGGUGCAGUUCUAUUUACUAUGCAAUUAAUAAGGAGGCAAGAGAACAUUUCCAUUGUUCCAAGAUUGAUUCCAAGAUUUUAAUUUGUCGGAAAUAAUUUUCCCCAGAUUGAAAAUAAAAAAACAUCUCCAUCUCCAUCAACCACCUGUCCUGGCUUUCUAAAUUUGCACAACUCUUUUCCAAGGGCUCCAAAUGGCCCCCGGGCCGCACUUUGGACACCGCUGUUUUGGAGCCUUGCUAACCUUGGAGAUUCUGUUUCCAUUUCCUAUGUUAUAAAGAUUAAGAUGCAUCUGUCUCAAAUUAAUGGCUUCUUCUGUUGUCUUUUACAUUUUUAUAACUGCCCGCUUUGUCCCAUCAAAUCUGCACCACAUGUAAACGGGAGGUCGUGGAGUUCUAAAAACAUAAGCUUCUACAGAGUCUGAUCGACUUACAAUUGCAAACUAUGGCAAUAUUGUCCCUGUAUGGUUUGGCAUUGGUGAGAUUAAAGACAAUUAUUUAUGUACAGGGUUUUUCUUAACCCCUCUGAACAAAAUCCGGUUAAGUUGAAGGUUGGAUUUUUUCCAAAUUAUUUCAUCCGUAAGAGGAGUAUUUAUUAUUAUGUACGUUUACCAGCCGUGCCAACAACUUGUGAUGUACGUCCAGAAGUCUGAAUAAAUAAGGAUUUUCUAAGCAAAUAAGAAAAGGGACCAGCAGAAGUUCACCAGUUGUGAAACACAGGCUGUGUAACAUUUAACAAACCCCCAGUUUAUUUCUAGAAGAGGCAGCAGGUCCGAGGUAAGAGCUCUGUGUUUACUCACUACUGCUGGAUGAAACAUUGAAGAUCUUCCGGUCAAUAACUGUGUGGGUGUAUGUGUGUGGUGGGUUGUUUUUUUUUGGCUGUGUCAUGUUGUCCCGUUCAAAAGUCAGGACAUGAAUAUUUCAACGAACAUAAUAAUAAACUUGAACAAGCUUACAAAGUCUUUGGAAACGCUAUGAUUUCAUUAAUGCUCCUCAAGAACGCUUGAGAAUCGGAACAUCAGAAUGCUUCAGCUCCCUCUGGGUUUUGGCAGGAAUUCCACAGGAGGUUUUACAUCACGAGUCUCUGCUGAGAGGAGAAAGAGAAAUAGCUACUGAAAUAGAUGAUUCAUGUGACAUGGAAAACAGCCCAAGCUGAAACGAGAUACUGAUGGUAAUAUCGAGGAGCAUUCAUGAUUAACACUGAAUUUGCUGUUUUUCUACGUUUUGACUCAUGCAAAAGGAAUCACGGCUUGCUGCAAACUCUGAGCUGAACCAAGUCAAACAAGAAAAGUAAACAGUUUUUGAGAUGUGCCGAUUUCAGUAGCUGUUAGCAGGCGAAAACACACAGUGCCCAGCCGGGGCAAAAUUUGUCAUAUUUGCAGUGCCUUGCAAAAGUAUUCACGCCUUGAACUUUUACACAUUUGGUACCGUCACCAAAACCUGCAGUGUAUUUUAUAGUAAGGAUUUAUGUUCACCGCUCCAGAUGAAAUACUUUGCAGAACCACCUUUCACAGCGAUUAUUUCAUUCACACUAGGGAUCCUCUACCAGCUUUUUGCACAUCAAGAAAUUGAAGCUCUGUGUCUGCGAACGUCGACUUUCAAGUGUUGCCACAGCUUCUACAUUAAAAAUGGGUCUUAAAGAAGGCAUCUCCAAAGCGUUAUACUGCCGUCUCCUCCCUGCUCGGCUUGUUGCAGUCUGUACUAAUACUUCUUGUGGCUUUCUUUUUCAAGAACUUUUUUUGUGGACUGCAAGGCCAGUACAUGUCCUGUCAAAAGGAUUCUUGCACCUGAUCUGUGGAUCUCUGCAGCUCCUCCAGAGUUACCAUGGACUUCCUGGCUGUUUCUUUGACUAAUCCUCUCUAUGUCUGCGACCUGUCACUUUAGGUGGGCCGUUGUCGUCUUCGCGGCUGUCCCGUACUCUCUGAUGAUCUUACACAUUGAAUUCCACCUUCAAUAUAUUGGAUUUUGUGGUUCCAGCAUGAAACGUGGAAAGGUUCGAGUGAUACUUUUGCAGAACACUGAGUUAAAGAGAAAAGCCCAAGUCUGCUCUUUUAUUUCUCUGAAAUCCAACAGAAUCUGCUUACGUUGCCCAAACACUUGUUACAGUGAAAGAAAACAGCUUUACACCUUAGGUAAUGGAGAUGAUCUUUGUGCCAAACUUUGAGAUCUGCAAUUAAAAGGAAUGUGUGCUGUUAGACAGAUUUUCUCCCCCCAUAAUUGAUCCAGAAUGCUGUCACUAAACAGUAACCCUUUAAGUUGCUCUAGAAUAGCACUGCGAGGAUGGUGCCUAAUCAGUAUUUUAUACCAACACAAUGCACUUACCCUUUCCUUCACAUAGCAUGAGCACACCAACAACUGCUUGUGUAUCAUUCAGUACGGUUCUGUAUCACAUUCUAAGACUUGUUUUGUGCUGUAUGUUUUUUCUUUGUGUGUUUGUGUGUGUGUGUGUGUGUUUUGUUCUUUCGAACUCAUCUUUUAGUUUUGAACAAAAGAAGCGCUGAUGAGAGUCACACGUGCUUACUGCUCUCUUUCCUUAAGUUUUUUACAGACAAUGUCACUUGCUUGCUGAGUUUGCAUUGUGUGCAAAUCAUUUAACAAGUGUCAGUGAGAUCCUAAAACGCAAAUUAUAUAUUUGAACUUGUUUUCCUUUUUGUCUAUAUUAAACAACAAAAAAGAAAAACGAAAAAAAAAAAAAAAAGAAUCCCAACAGUUUUGCUUCGGUUCUUUAAGGGAUAUUUGUUUGUUUUUAUUUUCAGUAAACACAAACGGCCAUUCCCAUUUGCACAUGAAAUUAAUGGAGAUGUAUUUAUACAUUACUGAUAAUUUAAUAGAGAUGCCAAAACUGACCACCGAAGCCUAGAACAUACAAAUGGUAUUUAAUAGCAUUGACUAGUUAAUAGCCUUUGUAACAUGUAGCUAGCAUUCUAGAGUUGUUUGUGAAGGAUUACUUGUGAACGUUUAUUUUCUUACGUGUCACGUACAAUGUAGUAGUGUAUGUUUUUGUUGUUGUUGUUAUACAUGACUAUUGCUUGCACUCUGCAAUAGAAUAUGGGUAUAAAAUGCACUCCUUUUGAUUGAAAAUGUUUGUCUGCUUAUACAAAAUCUACAGUACUUGAUUGUAUUGAUAACACAUCAAUAAAAAUAGAGAAAGAAAA